GAUAUGUACCUUAGGGAAGAACCUCAGUUAGAGGGAGGGUUAGAGAGGACGGGUAAGAGCGUGUGUGCGAGUGUUUGAGACAUUUACUCCCUUAACUACUAGGAGACACACACUCCUUCCUGUCUUGACUUAAAAAAAAUAAAUAAACCAAGAGGAUUUUUUUCUUAUUUUAUUUUAAAUUUAAAAAUUCGAACCAACAAGCUUUUCCUUAAGCUCUAUGGGGAUUUAAUUUUUUUUUCCCUGUCUCUGGAAAUCCUAUGUACUGAUCAAUAGACAUUUCCAUCCACACAAGACAUACCUCAUGGAUUUGUACCUUGUUGGAUAUCUAAUGUGCAUGUGCAUGUCCAGUGCUCGGGUGCUUGGAGGCUAUCCCAUCUGGUGGUCCCUGGCCCUGGGGCCACAGUACUCAUCACUGGGCUCGCAGCCCAUCCUGUGCGGCUCCAUCCCUGGCCUGGUGCCCAAACAGCUGCGCUUCUGUCGGAACUACAUCGAGAUCAUGCCCAGUGUCGCGGAGGGCGUCAAACUGGGCAUCCAGGAGUGCCAGCACCAGUUCCGUGGCCGACGCUGGAACUGCACCACCAUAAACGACAACCUGGCCAUCUUUGGCCCCGUGCUGGACAAAGCCACCAGGGAGUCGGCGUUCGUCCACGCGAUCGCCUCUGCUGGCGUGGCCUUCGCGGUGACGCGUUCGUGCGCGGAGGGCACCUCCACCAUGUGUGGCUGUGAUUCUCACCACAAAGGGCCGCCGGGUGAGGGCUGGAAGUGGGGUGGCUGCAGCGAGGAUGCCGAGUUCGGGGUGCUGGUGUCGCGGGAGUUCGCUGACGCCCGGGAGAACCGGCCCGAUGCCCGUUCAGCCAUGAACCGGCACAACAACGAGGCCGGGAGGAUGACCAUCCUGGAGAACAUGCACCUGCGGUGUAAGUGCCACGGCCUGUCGGGCAGUUGCGAGGUGAAGACGUGCUGGUGGGCGCAGCCGGACUUCCGCCUGCUGGGGGACUACCUGAAGGACAAGUACGACAGCGCCUCCGAGAUGGUGGUGGAGAAGCACCGGGAGUCACGCGGCUGGGUGGAGACCCUGCGGGCGAAGUAUGCCUUCUUCAAGCACCCGACGGAGAGGGACCUGGUGUACUACGAGGGCUCGCCCAACUUCUGCGAGCCCAACCCAGAGACGGGCUCAUUCGGCACGCGCGACCGCAACUGCAACGUGUCGUCGCACGGCAUCGAGGGCUGCGACCUUCUGUGCUGCGGCCGUGGACACAACACCCGCACGGAGAAGCGCAAGGAGAAGUGCCACUGCAUCUUCCACUGGUGCUGCUACGUCAGCUGCCAGGAGUGUGUACGAGUGUACGAUGUGCACACGUGCAAAUGAGGGGCGGGGCGUUGGGGGAUAUCGGACAGAGAGGGUACAAGAGACAGAGAAAUAGAGGACUGAGUAUGCAGACACACACACACACACAGUGGGUAGCGGCACUUCUGGACUAGAACGUUCUUCAUUGACUACCAAUCCCUUCUCACAGGAGCAAAGGCUCAUGGGAAAAUCACAAUUACCAGUGUGAUUACCAUUUCCAUUUCAGCUGCAUUCCUUUUUUAUUUAUUUCAGUCGGUGAGUCACACAAAAGAGACGUGUGAAAGAGUGUGUAGGGCAUUACCCGAGCCCUUGAUGUCUUCUGGUAUCGGAUAGACUCUGCCUGUCAUAAUAGCUCUCUGAUCAUCUCUCCACAAGGCCCGGCAGCUGAAACCCUAUCUGCCCAACGCGCUCUCACACGACGCACACA